UUAAUCCCUCUCUUCAGCCUGAAGAGUUUGUUCUAUUUUACUUGAACAAAGUCAGUCAGCCUCGUCGAGAAUUGCAUGUUCCGCUGUACCUCACUGAAGGCUUCACCAUUGGUCAUGCAGCAUACUCUGAGAUCUGUUUCAGCGGAUUCAAAUACGGUGAGCAGCCAGAGCCACAGCCGCUGCUACAGCCGCUGCUAGGGCCGCUGCUAGGGGAAGAACCACAAGUAUCAUGGCCAUUUGACGUUGGGGUCACAGCCAUGAUACUGUCAAAGUUUGGCGGCAGUGCCCGAGUUGCAAGAGCAGAGCUUGUUUGCAAGUUAUUCUACAGGGCGGGUCGUUCUGCAUUGGCUUAAGAAGACGUCGAUCUCAGUGAAACUCCCGCAGCAGAAGACUUAACCGCACUUAUGUGCAUGCGUCGUGCUGGUGGUCAGAUGAGGUCCCUUGUGAUCGGUUGCCCUAAGAUACGCCCCAAUUAUCUAUACACUACUAGGGUUUUAAAGCCAUUUCAGUAUCUUGGGAAGCUUUUGACAAAACUGGCUUUCUUCGGAUUAUCGCUUAGUACUUCCUCCGAGGAUAUGCUGCCGGUAUUUGCCCAGUGCUCCGCCUUGCAGGAUUUCGAGAUGAAGAAUGCAUCUUCUUGGAAUGCAGUACCAAUUCCACUUGUCAAUGUGAUGCAAAACUUGGCUACACAUUGUGCACGCCUGGAACGCUUAGUCUAUGAUGACAUUAAUGGUAACCGACAUAUGGAAGUUGAUGAUGACAUCCUGUUGCAAUUUGUGCAAAAUUGCCCGGCGGUCAACCAUCUCGGACUACGUGGCGUUUCUUUAUUAGACAGCCAAGUGCAGAUCAUCUUUGAGGGAUUGCGGAGACUAACAAGCCUAGAUUUAUCUAGCUCUGGCGGAUUUACAGGGAUCUCCUUAGUCCAAGUUGCGAAUACGAUGAAUGAUGCGAGACUUAAAGUUUUGGUUCUUCAAACAUGUGCAGACCUCACAGAGGAGCACCUUCGAACCUUUUUCAUGCGGCUACGUGAAGGUAGCUACUCCCACCUGCAUAAGCUAAGGCGGAAUUGGAGGAGAUUUACACGAAGGUUUCGAAGCAAGGACAGGGGUUGCUGAGCUGGUCACUGCAAGGCCCGGGAUCGACAUCGACAUAAAUUUUGUGGUGCUGGAGUGGCUUACUGAAGAUACGCUCAAUCAAUUGAUAGCUGGACCUGAUUAUGUUGUAGAGCUGGCACCAUUAGCUGAAGAAGAAGAAGACUUGGAAGAUUUAGAUGAAGAAGAGCCACCAGAUUUGGAAGAUUUAGAUGAAGAAGAUGUUGUUGCGAGGAAGAGAUUCAUUCAUUGGUGAGUUUCUUUGUCUAUUAUUUGGCAAAAAACUUGAGCCCAUGUUAUUCUGUGAUGCACACUCGAGGGCUUUUUUUUCUUUUUGGCAUUCUGUAAACGUGAUGAACAUAAUCUCAAAGCUAUUUCCACUUUUUCUUUACAAUUCUUGAAGAAACAGAACAUAUCUUGAUAUCAUUCCUCAAUCUAUGAUUACCCUCAGCUACUAGUGUUUCAACCUU